UUUUACCACUUUGUCAAUGCUCAAAUCAAAAAGGAAUGUUCCUAUUAUUGCUUUUCCUUUAAAAAUGGCUCAACAACAACGGGGAAAUAAUGAACAACAAACAAAUUCUUUAACAACAUCUGAACAACAACAACAAAUUAAUUCUUCUACAACAACAUCAAUUAAUACAACAACAACGAUUGACGCUUUAGCAGCAAUGUUGGGUGGUGGAGGUGUUGAACCCGCUUUGGCUGCCCAAUUGCUCGGGCUUGGUCCUCAGGUGUUUUUUAAAUUUAUUUUUUCUAAUAGUAAGGCACCCUCUCUAAUUAAACGUCCCUUUAAUAGGCCUCUCUAAUAAACAACCCCCUCUCUAAUAAAAGUCGAAUAAGCAGCCCCUCUUUUUUUAAUGAAAGGCUUGUAGAAGCUCCAUUAUUUGAUUUUGUUUUCAAAUUUAAUUUUGUUUGUUUUUUAAAGAUUUUUUGGUCAGUUUUGGCUACCUAAAGUCGUUUAUUUAUUAAAUCCAAGGUUGUUAAGAAUAUCGAUUUUUUCCAAAAAUUUUUUCAAAUUAACAACCAAAAAUUCUGAAAUUACAAAUAAACAAUAUUCGAGUUUUAAUUUUACAAACUUUUACAUACUCAAAUAUUUUUUUAUUUUUUUAAAUCUUAACCUUCUGAACCGCCAAAGAUAUCUACAAGUUUUUGAGAUAUGUUGGAGUAACGGGAUAACUGGACAAGUUAAAGUUUGG